CCAUAGACUGUAUAUAAGUAUAUAAUUAUAUACAGUCUAUGAUCUGGACCGAGAAACAGCGGGGUGGGGGCGCGUGAGAAGCAAUCCGCACUGGAUCUACUAGAUUCGCAGAUCUUCAAGUCAUUCCUGAACUGUGUUCACGGUAUGCAUGAGGUGUAAAUCAGAGCAGCAGCUUUACUGAAACCUAACAUACCAACUCUCCACAAUAGCAUUCUUCUCCAGAGAGAACAGACAAACAGCUAAAUUAUCAGACAACCAACAUUAUCAUGGCCUGUGAAAGGCAGUUGCAGAAUAAUCAGGGUUCUUCUCAGAUGCUGCCACGUGUAGUAGCCACAGAGCAACAGUCCCUGGUGGUUGUUAAGAAAUUGCUGGCAAUUGCUGUCUCCAGCAUCACUUAUUUAAGAGGCCUUUUCCCGGAGAAAGCUUAUGGCAGCAAGUACAUUGAGGAACAGAAAGUGAUGAUUCUUCGAGAGCAACGAACGUGUCCUGGUGCUAGUCAGAUUGUACAAUGGUUGCAAGGAUGCUUUGAUGCACUACAGAAGAGAUAUCUUCGAUUGAUUUUGCUAUCUAUCUACUCUGAUCCAGAAUUCCCACAGAAAGUGACCGAGUGCUACCAGUUCAGGAUCCAGUACACUGAAAAGGGACCUCGGCUGGAUUUUGAGAGUAAAAACCAGAAGCGUGUGACUAAGAUGGACUGCAAUGACAUAAAGAAAGCGAGCAUUCUGCUUGUGCGUAAACUCUACACACUAAUGCAGAACCUUGGCCCACUCCCUGACAGUGUCUGUCUCAACAUGAAACUCUCAUACUAUGAUGAAGUGACUCCAGAGGACUACCAGCCAGUAGGCUUUAAGGAGGGCAACAACAGCACACUGGUGUUUGAGAAAGAGCCGGUAAAUCUCACCAUGGGAGAAGUUGUUACACCUUUCCACACUCUGAAAGUGGACGUAACCACUGAGAAAGAGAGGCUUGAACAGGUAGAUGACGAUGAGCCAGUAUAUUCCAGAGACAAAUGGGCUUUAAAAAUAAAUGAAGAAGAAAUUGUGUCUGUGCAAAACAUUCAACAGGAGAUUGCUUUCAAGGGAAAGGUUGUUCGUGACACUGGUAUUGAAAACUCAGAUUUGAGUAAAAGUGAGAUGCUGGAUGAUUCACAGGCCAUCCAGGUGGACAGUGUUGUGAAAAGCAAAACUGCUUUGGAUGUAGCUACCAAGACUACCAGAAGCAGACGUGCAUUCAAAUCCAUGGACAAAAAAUCAGGUGCAGAGGUGCCCUCCACAAACAAGAACAUGUUUGAGUUUCCAACUAGUCAAGACCUUCAGCCCACUCCUCUGAAGAGACGCAAGUUUAGUGUGCCUAAAGAUAGCCGCUGAUGUAUAUCAGUAAAAGGAAACAUGCAGGUUUAGGUAUCACACAAAUAUGACACAUAAUAAAAUUCUGUAAAUCAGCAAAUAAUCCUAGUUUUUGAAUAUUUUAAACGUGCACAAAUUGCACAUAUCAUACUAUAAUAUAAAGUAGAUUUUAUGCAUGUGUAUCCGGUUGCAGCUGUGGUGUGUUUCUGUUUUUCAAAAGUUGUUGUUUGUUUGCUCAGAAAAAAUGGCAGACAGCAGUGAAUUAUUCAUUUACAAGCAUGUAUAUUUGUUGUUAUUAUUUAUUCAGUAUUACAGAAAUAAAUACUUUUUUCAGUUUCCAAGA